ACUAAACAUCUCAUUGACUGUUCCUUACUGCCUUCUAAUUCAUCACCCACUUGUCUCUUCUCUCAUCACUCUUCCUCUCAUCCUUAUUCUCCAUCAGUUUCAUCACUCUCUCUCUCUUAAUUACCACAGACCCAUCUCUGUUUAUUCGUUUUCAAACUCAAGAGCUCUUCUGGGUUCGUAAUAUUCCUUCCCUAUAUUCAUUUCUUGCCGUAAAGUUUGAGUAUUGAAUUCUUUGCUCAUCUGGGGUGUCUUUAUGUAUCCUCACGUUAUCCCAAUCUCGUUUUCAAUCCAAUUUUGAGGUUUUGGUUAUUGAGAGAUUGAAGCUACGUCACCUACAGUUUUGGGCUCCUAUUGGUUUGCAUCCAUACAGAGGCUAUGUGUUUACUGGAUAGCUUCAUUGAACACAAGGACUUUUGGGCGUUGUGAAUUUCGGAGCUUUGGUAUGUCUCUUUGUGGAGUUUGCUCAGUUUUUAAUGCUUUUUUGUGCUUCAAUAGAGAUUUUGAGGUUUAGGCCCUAUUUUGGCUUUUGUGCAGAGCCAUAGUUACUCUCUCUUUUUUUGUUUUUGGGUAUGUGGAUAUAGAACUGUAGAGACAAUCGAGGAGUUAGUCAUUGUAAUGAGAUUUUAGUUGGAACCAAUAUUCUAAAUUUGGAUAGAGUCUGUUUUGUAAUGGUUGGUGGAAGAAAUUGAUAUAAAAGGGUAGAAAGACAGUGGCUGGAUUAGCCAAAGUUGGAUUUCGAUGGAGGGUUCGCUUAGGCUUGGGCCAAAAGGCCUUAUAAAGAAGCAUGAGUUUGUAAGAAUUAUAAUUCAGUGCCUAUAUUCGAUUGGAUAUGGGAAGUCUGCUUCAUGCUUAGAGUUGGAGUCUGGCAUUGCUUGCCAAUCGGAUUAUUUUCAGAUGUUGGAAUCAAAGAUAUUAAGCGGCAAUUGGAAUGGUAGUAUUGAUACCAUUAAUGGCAUUACGGAUUUGAGUGAAGAAACAAGAGCUGCUGCUUUGUUUCUGGUAUUGAAGCAGUCACUUUUGGAGUACACGAAGAGUGGGGAUGACGAGUUGGCUUUAGACAUUUUGCGGAAAGAGGUUUCAGCAUUACAGGUGGGAAGAGAUAAGGUUCAUAACCUUGCUCACAGUAUCCUGUUCUCAAAGGAUAUGCAGCAGGAUAAGACAGACAAGAUUGAGGUUUGUGAACAGCGCAAAAAGCUGUUGCAAGAAUUGGAAGAUUUGCUGCCUCCACCAAUUAUAAUACCCCCGCGCAGGUUGGAAUAUCUGGUGGAAACUGCUGUCUCGACCCAGAUCAAUCCAUGUAUGUAUCAUAAUUUUUCGGGUCCUGUUUCACUUUAUGCAGACCAUUUGUGCAGUAGGGAUCAGAUCCCUACUGAGACAGUACAGAUAUUGACUGAACAUAAGAACGAAGUUUGGUUUGUACAAUUUUCUCAUAAUGGGGAGUACUUAGCUUCUUCAUCAAGUGAUUGCACAGCCAUCAUAUGGAAGGUACUGGAAGAUUACAGCUUGGUAUUAAGACAUACCCUGCGUAGUCACCAUAAUCCAGUAUCGUUUGUGGCAUGGAGUCCUGAUGACACAAAGUUGCUCACAUGUGGAAAUGGUGAAGUCCUCAAGCUAUGGGAUGUGGAAACAGGUUCAUGCAAGCAUACAUUUGGAGAUCAUGGCUUUGUCGUCAGCUCAUGUGCUUGGUUUCCUGACUCAAAGAGACUUGUGUGUGGCAGUUCUGACCUUGAAAAAGGUAUCUACAUGUGGGAUUGUGAUGGCAACGAGUUAAAAGCGUGGAGAGGCAUGAGGAUGCCCAAGAUUUUAGAUCUUGCUGUCACCCCGAAUGGGGAAAAUCUUAUCAGCAUUUUCUCUGAUAAAGAAAUUCGCAUUUUAAAUGUGGACACAAAUGCUGAGCGAGUUAUCUCUGAAGACCAUUCUAUCACCUCCCUAUCAAUUUCUAGAGAUAGUGAGUUCUUUAUCGUCAACCUCAAUAGCCAGGAGAUCCAUAUGUGGGAUGUUGCUGGGAAAAUGGAGAAGCCACUGAAGUUUAUGGGUCAUAGGCAAAGCAAGUACGUAAUACGCUCAUGCUUUGGUGGGGUUAAUAGUACAUUUAUCGCCAGCGGGAGUGAGAACUCACAGGUCUACAUUUGGAAUCGGCGAAACUCUAGGCCAAUUGAGGUUUUGUGCGGGCAUUCAAUGACUGUGAACUGUGUGAGUUGGAAUCUUAGGAGACCUCAAAUGCUGGCAUCAGCUAGUGAUGAUAAUACUAUUCGCAUAUGGGGAUCUAGUGUAACUAAAAAGAGUUGAACUGGUCAUGUUCCAGUUUCUGAACCUGUGUAUAUAUAGCUCUUGUUCUUUAUAGUUUCCUAUUCAUUGAUGAAUUUGUAAAUUUGUUUUGAAAAUUUUGGUAGAUCCGUUUUUUUUUCUUUCUUUUUUACUGUGGCUAUUGCAAUUGCUAGUCACCAUAAAUACUUACAACAAUGUAACCUGGAUCUCAGUACUUUGCCUUUUCAUGCUAUACAAAUAACAGUUUGUGAGCUUUGCUCUAGAUUUGCAUC